AUUUAGUUUAGUACCGUUUUUGGCUGCAGUCGCACUACGGACAAUAUUCUAAUUGUGCUAACCAUCAAUAUACACACACACAUAUAAUAUACAGCAGACAUCAAAUAUAUAGUAUACGCUUACGCAUACGUAUUACCAUAUACAAUUCGAUUAAAUAGCGGCAAUAGUUAAUGAUAUUAACUACACAUUUUAAAUGUAAUUAUACAUGGCCAAUGCCCAGCCAUAUGGAAAUCGUGUGCUGCUGUCUCAACACACAAAAAAAUUGAAUCCAUUUAAUCUGUAAAACAAAAAACAACAACUACGAAUAAUAAUAACCAAAACGCAAACAACAAAUUAAUUCCAAAUGUAAAAUGAUCAAAAAAAAUUAAUAACAGUUUUCUAUAAAAAAAAAAGUUUGUGCAAAAUUGUAACUGUGUUGGAAUAAAUCAUUUCAAAAUAAAAAAUUUUAUAAUUGCAAAAUACAAAGCAACAAAACAACGACAACCAACAACGCGUGCAACAAGUUAAAUCCAGCUACAAGUUGUAAACCAAGUUAGAACUAUACACACACACACAUAUGUAUGUUCGUCUACCAAUACACAAGCAAGCAACCCAACAACACACACUCACACGUUCGCGCUACACACACACACACACACGCAUACACUCACACGGAGAGAGACUUUAACAAUGUCAAGUGAAAACAAUCUCUGGAAUCAACAGGUUUCGCCCUAAAAAGUGUUAUUAAGAAGCGCGUCCAGAACUCUUUAGUUAAAAUUACAACACGAAAUUCAUGAGCGAGUAAAAGAAGUUGAGCAAAAAGAGAGUCUUUAUAAUUAGCUAAAACGAAAACAACAACACCAACAACAAAGAAAAGAAAAAGAAAAUUAUAUAUAUGUGUAUAUAGAUCUAUAAGAAAUUGUGUGACUGCAACCAGGUGGAACGAAAGUCGGAACAAACACCGCAAAAAAUCAGCUUAACAACAACAGAAAAGAAAAAAGAAAAAACAAAAACCUGAAAAGUUCUUAGAGCGCAAAAUAAACCUCAAUAUGGAUUCAUUCUACGAUGGCGACCUUAAAGAUAUAUGGGACUCCGAUUUAGAUCCGACGGAAUCCUUGAAAAUAAGCAGCGAUCACGAUAUGCACGAUUGGUUUUAUGAUCGCGAUGUCAAGGAUCCAGCCGUAAUACUCCAUGACAAGCUCAUCUCCGAUGCGCUGCUCAAUGGCACGGGUCCAAUCAAAACGGAGCAUUCCUAUAGUCUCAACAGCGAUGGUGACUCCCUACCUGAUUCACCUAAAAGCCUGCAGGCCAAGAUCGAUGACAUGGAUGACGAGUGCUACUCAGGCAGUGGCCGCAUCACCAUUGAUCCCAAAUGCCUCACACUACACCCGCCCACAAGAAAUAAUCGCAGCAGUGCCAUGCUGAGCAUGAGCAGCACCAGCGCCAAUCCCGCAUUACACACAGCCAUAACGGAGUUGGCGCCCACGAACGCAGUCCUUGGUCGUCAUGGCCAUGGCGAUGUAGUGCAGCAGCAUUGUGGCAACAGCGUUAGCAAUCACAGCAACAGCAGCAAUGGCAGCAGCAAUAGCAUGAGCGUGGCAUUGGAACAUUUUCAACAAGCUCAACACUUGGCUGACAUGUACGAUGAUAACGAUUGCAGUUCGUCGGUGUCAUCGGCUAGGGAGGGCAGCAUAUCACCCGAUAUAUGCUCAGACAUUGAGAUCGAUGAGGCAGUCAUCAAGGAUGAGCCAAUGUCGCCCGACUCUAGCUGCCCCGCCAGUCCAAACUCACAGAACAGCAGCGCCCAUCAGCUGAGCAUCAAUCUGGCCAAUUUACAAACAGAGUUGCUCUUUGACCAAAAGCAUGGUGGACUUUUGCUUACUGCAAGCAGCAACAACCUCAUCAAAUCCCAGCAGCAGCAGCAACUGUUGCUUGGUCAGAGCAGCCAAAGCCAAAGCAGCCUUAUGGUGCCCAAGAUAGCCAUCAAAAGUGAGAAACAAAGUGCGGCCAGCAACAACAGUUCAUCGGGUAAAUCGCAUGCGUAUGGCAUACCGUUGACGCCGCCCUCCUCUCUGCCCAGCGAUGACUCCGAAGGUAACUUGUCGCCGGAACAUUUGUAUGCGCCACUGUCCCCCAACGCUUCCGCCGUUUCGAUAUCCGCCGUUACCAAUGCAGCCGCCAAUGCCAAUCCAGCUGAUUCAGCCAACAAUGGGAGCGCGCGACGCGCUGCCUCAGCUUUGGCACGCGCCGCCGCAAGUAGCAGCAAUGGUGCCUCGAAUAAUGCCGCAACAUCGACGAGGCAACCCAUACACACGCCGUUGAUAAGCUCCCAGCCGAAAGGUUCCACGGGCACCCUGCUAUUGACAGAGGAGGAGAAACGCACGCUUCUGGCCGAGGGUUAUCCCAUACCACAGAAGCUGCCACUGACCAAAGCCGAAGAAAAGUCACUGAAGAAGAUACGACGCAAAAUUAAGAAUAAGAUCUCCGCUCAGGAAAGUCGUCGUAAAAAGAAGGAGUAUAUGGAUCAAUUGGAGCGGCGCGUUGAAAUUUUGGUUACCGAGAAUCAUGAUUACAAGAAACGCCUCGAGUCACUGGAGGAGACCAAUGCCAAUCUACUUAGUCAGCUGCACAAAUUGCAGGCCGUAGUUAGCAAGCACAAUGUGAAAAAGUCCUAAACCUGUAACCAAGGCCCAAUGGCCAAAUGGUUCAAGUUUGCCUGCCUGCCCGAGAGAUAUUUUUUAUUUUUAUUUUAUUUGUUGUACAUUCACACAUACACAAACACACACACACACACAUAUACUGAAUACAUACAUAGGCGAGUGUCGAGUGAAAGUUUUCUAAGAAUUUAUCAGUUUAUAAACAAAUUGUCUUGAUUAACGAAGCAAUUUUAUAAUUUGGCUUUUGAUUAGCACAAAGCAGUAAACAUUCCCCCAAAUCCCCCUGCCACCUUCUCUUAAGAUUUAGUAGCCCAUAUGCGCAUAUAUAUAUAUACAUAUAUAUAUAUAUAAAUAUAAAUUUAUAUAUGUAUAUUUCUAUCUAUAUCUAGCUACUUAUAGUUCGUAUCUUAUAUUAUUAUUAGUCAUGCAUUCCUGUUAUAUAACCUGAUAUAGAGUAGGCAACAAGCUCAAAUGAACCCCACUUAAUCAGCGUCUAAAGAGAAGCUACGUAAUAAUGUUGUUAAAAUAAAACAAUAAAAAAAAAACAAGAAAGAAAAGCCAACUUCGGCACUCCGAAGAAUAAAUACCCG